AUGGUACUUGCGACCAAGCGCAAAGCCAACUCUUACAGUUUACGGGCGUGGCACGCUAUCGAUACGAACGCAGGUCAUCUCGAACAGAAAGAAGAAACGCAGCCUUUUAUUGAAUAUUACAAGAACAAGCGGCUUCCAAAGUUUCUGGAUUUUUUCGAGACUCUCUUGAAAGAAAAUCACAAGAAAACUGGAAAGCUCGUGUUUGUUGGCGACCAGUUGUCAUGGGUUGACAUUUGCGCAUUCCAUGUUAUUGAUGGGAACCUCCUCGAGUGUCCAGAGGUGCUGGACCGAGAGCCCACGGAAUACCUAAAGAAGUUUCACAGUGCCAUAGGAGAAAGACCAAAUAUCAAGGCGAGGCUCGACUCCGACAAACGACCCAAAUACACUCAUACUGGACCCAUUGUGUAG